CAUUGGCUGACUGACAGUCGAAAUUUGCAAACAUAAACACAAAUUAGGUGAAAAAUUAUUUUGUUCCCGAAUAUUUUGCAAAUUUUGCAUUGAAACUUUGCAGUUCACUUCCAUUUUAGUGCUUGUAUCUUAAAACAAUAAUCCACGCUACGCAAUAUGGGAGAACAGCCUCUUCCGCCGGACGACCGCAGACUUUGGAUCGGCAAUCUGGACAGCCGAGUUACCGAGUAUCAACUAUUGAAAAUUGCGCAAAAAUGCGGCAAAAUUGAAAAGUUCGACAUGCUGUUCCAUCGAUCCGGGCCAAUGGCCGGAUAUCCCCGGGGAUACGCCUUCGUGACAUAUGAAAGGCAAAAGGAUUCGGAAAUCGCACUGGAGGUUCUCAAUGGCAAACUAGUCGGGGACAAACAUAUGGUGGUCCGCUGGGCGAAAAACGUCAAUCGGGACGAGAUGGAAAAGACCAAACCAAAACUGCAGAUUCCGGCCCUGGCCGGAGGUUCAAAAGCCGGUCCCAGUGGGCCGAUGAGUCAGCAAACGAAAAUCCAGGCCUUGGAGGCAAAGCUGAAGAUGAUGGAAAGUCGAUCGGAUGAUUUGAUCAUUAACAAAUCGGCUACAGGGGAGCGACCCAUCAUCGAAAAGUAUCAAUAUAAUAAGAAUCAAUCGCAACAGCGACCGGAUGCUUCCAAAAUGAAACGGAACAUGACGAGAGGAGGUGGCGGAAGAAGCGGUCCCUACAAGUCGAGUAGGUUCAAGUGAAGGGAUCCAAAAAAGCCGUAAGUAGAUAGCGAAAUUUGUGUCGGAGAUUUCUUUCUCUCCCAUCUCGAUAGGUUUUAGCGGUAAACGUUCAAUUGUGACUCAUUAUUUUUAAAGAUCUAACGUAAUAUAUACUUAGGCAACGAACUAAAAAGCUACAAGUGAAAA